GGAAGUCCGACGAGCCAAAAGUUUCAGACUGAGCAGAGGAAAUGCUGCUGAGGGGAAUCUCCUCAUCGACGGCGACGUCACUGAGCUCGACCGUACCCCUCUCGUGGCGGCCGAGGCCUAUCCCGUUCCUUCCCAACCCCAAGCUCGUUACGUUCUCUCUCCAGUCGCUCUCUCCCCGCUCACUCUCUGCGUGUUCGAGCACAGAAUCGUCCGAGUCGCCCCCGACAGAGCAUUCCAAAAGUGCGGCGCUUAAGCCCGGCUUGUACCUCGUAGGAACACCAAUUGGCAAUCUUGAAGAUAUCUCCUUUCGGGCACUCCGUGUGUUGAGAUCAGCAAAUGUGAUACUUUCAGAAGAUACGAGACAUUCGGGAAAGUUGCUCCGGUACUAUGAUAUUAAAACCCCUCUCUUGAGUUAUCACAAAUUCAAUGAGUCGCAGAGAGAGCACACGGUUUUGAACAAGUUGAGGGGGGGUGAAGUAGUUGCUCUGAUUAGUGAUGCCGGGAUGCCGGGUAUCAGUGAUCCAGGUACUGAAUUGGCGAAGUUAUGUGUCAAGGAAGAUAUACCAGUCAUCCCCAUCCCUGGCCCUUCUGCUGUGGUAGCUGCCCUCUCUGCAUCAGGCCUUAACACAGAGGAGUUCACAUUUGUUGGAUUUCUUCCCAAGCACUCUGGAACGAGGAGAGAGAGGCUAUUAGUUUCUGCAAAUCAAGCGACAACUCAGAUAUUCUUUGUUCCUCCACACAAGCUUCUUCAGUUUCUUGAGGAGGCUUGUUCAAUUUUCAGUGAUUCAAGGAGAUGUGUCAUAGCUCGAGAAAUUACAAAGAUACAUGAAGAGUUUUGGCGGGGUACUCUAUGUGAAGCUAAAGAAGAAUUUUUGACUCGACAACCCAGAGGAGAAAUUACUCUACUGAUAGAAGGCAAAACAAGUUCUGAACCAGAGGCUCCGUCAGACACUCAGCUCGAGAAUGAACUGAGACGUUUGAUUUCCAGUGGACAUAGCCUUUCAGCGGCUGUCAAGAUGGUUGCUGAGGCAACAUCUGUGAGGAAGAAGACAGUUUAUACGCUUGCAUUACAGAAAUUCGGGAAGCAACUUGGGGUCGAUGAUGAUUCAAUUUGAUGAUCAGCAUUAACAGGUUACUUAUCAACUUCAUACUUUCGUGUUUUUGAUUGUGAGUUUGGAAAGAGCUCCUAGAACAUAGUAAUUUAUGGUAGUUGCUUUGGCACUGAAUUUUUUGGCUGGUGUUAGAAAGUUGUAUAAUAUGAAUCCAUGUCGUUUAGCAUCUAUGUGAUCUUUUUUUUUUCCCCCAUGUGGCUUAGAGUAUAAUCUGCAAUCUUGAAUUUAAUACCAAAUGCAUUUUGAUAAUCAAAGUUCUCACAGUAUGAUUUCUGACUUAUAAGGUUUUCAAUGCCCAUUUGCUAUCAAUGAAUAUUGGAAUGAGAGAAACUUAAUCACGAAGAGAGCACUUCUCGUUCUUUCUGUUCUGAGGUUUUCUCCUGUCAUGGUCAAAACGUGGAGAAUAUCUUAAUAGAACUAUUGUUCAAACCCAACUAAUAUAGCUGCCAUUAGAGGCUCAAAGCAUUUAAGUACUGACAAGUCAAUACAUAAUUUUUCAUUAAAUUUAUUUAAAUAUUUGUUUAGGCUGACCAUUUAUGUUGAUUUUUAUUCUUGGGGAAACACGUCCCAGCGGAAAUUCCCAUCUCAGUUGCCCUUUCUGAAUAGAGACCUGGUUUGUUUUUGGUUCCCUAACCAGUGUUGCAUAUGCACUCCAAUUGCAUCCAAGUACAAGCCGCUCCUCCCAUGGAAUCCCACCACCUUGCCUUCUGUUGUAGUUGAAGUGAAAAAGUUCCCUACUUCUUCCCCAAAGGGACCGAAUUUCCCUCGACUUGUAUAAAAUGUCAGUGACCUUAUAACUUUAGGCCCUUCUUCUUUGCAGAUUGGAGCAUAGUAACCGGAUAUGCAAGUGAGUACUUCAUUAGGAUACUCCAAUUUGAUCUGAAACCACCCACAAGAAGAAGCGAUUUUAAAGAAAUUACUUGGCAAAAUAACCAGGUAUCUCAAUGAAGAGGUAUUAGCACUGUAUCAGAGCAGCUGGUCGGACCGGGAACAACAAUCGGGUCUCUUAAGAAACCAAAUAAGGAAGUGAAACCAUUCAAAUUCAUAAUUUAUAAAUUCAUGUUUUAAACUGAUUUUUGUAUUUGUCUUUGGAAACUCGAGGCAAUCCAGUAGAGUAGCCUUUGGUGAACCAAUUGACCCCAUGGUUUGGCCUGUUUAACGAAUAGCUCUGCUUCUGAAUAAUAUGCAAUGAAGCUGCUUCUUUUAUGUUUCU